AUGUGCGGGACCUGCGACAGAUGGUUCUACAGCUUCCAUUCUCGUCAGCAGCAUCUCCAUGCCCUGAAUCACUCGAUUCCAGAAUUUGAAUGCGACACUUGCGAAAAGUUCUUCCGGACCAAGCGCGCAGUUGAACAACACAUGGACGACACCGGUCACUGGGACUACACGUACAAGUGUCGCUGUUGCCACGAGACUUUCCGAGACGAGAAAGACCGUCUGGAUCACGAGGUUGAGUAUCAUAGGUACUGCGCGGACUGCGACCGGUUUUUCAAGAAUGCUAAUGACGUCCGAAUGCACCUGAACUCUCGCACCCACCGUGGGACGAAUAUCAAUUGCCCCUUCUGCAAGUCUAGCUACGCCACUGCUACUGGAUUGUGUCAUCAUCUCGAGAACGGCGGCUGUCCCAACGCUCCAUUUCUAAACCGCGAUGAGGUCUAUAAGCUCGUGCGAUCGAAGGAUCCUAACGGAGUGAUCUCAAAGAAGCUCAUCGGCUGGCACGGCUCUCCUUCCUACGAAGCCCAUGGCAAUACUUGGAAUGGAAGAGGCUAUGAGUGCUACUUCUGCCACCGGGUUUUCUCGUCUCUAACAGGACUGAAUCAGCACUUGAAUUCCCCUGUUCAUCAACAAGCUCUCUACCAUUGCCCGAAUCGUAACCGAUGUGGCAAAGAGUUCACUAGCUUGGCAGGUGUUAUGAAUCAUUUUGAGAGUGAAAGUUGUGGAUACGCUCGAUUCGACACUGUUCAGCGCAAGGUUGAAGAAUUCGUCAGGGGAGACAGAUUGAUUACAUUUGGUUGA